CCCCCAGAGCCAAUCUACGUUCCAUUCCUCAUUGUUGGAUCAAUAUUUAUUGCCUUCAUUAUCGUGGGCUCUCUGGUAGCGGUUUAUUGCUGCACAUGUUUAAGACCUAAACAACCGUCGCAGCCGAUACGUUUUUCUCUGCGGAGCUAUCAGACGGAGACUCUGCCCAUGAUCCUGGCCUCGACAAGCUUCAGGACGCCGUCCAGGCAGUCCAGCACCGCCACAAGUUCCAGUUCGACCGGCGGCUCGGUUCGCAGGUUCUCCUUUCCCCGGGCAGAGCCGGGGUGCCUCGUGGCAUCGCCACCCCCACCGUACACUUCUGGCUGCUUCCAGACAGCCCAUGCCGUCCACCUCGCCCAGCCAUCGGGAUUUCUGGUGUCCCCGCCGUACUUUGGGUAUCCUCUCCAGCCAGAGCCUGCCCUGGCUGGGAAGAGCUGCUCCGAUUUUAGUCAGAGCUGCAAGGAGCUGUGA